GCCUUCGCAAAAGUCGCAACCCGGCGCAAACUUUACCACAAGUUGUGUCCCAACGUUCCAGCCAUUUCCCCCGGACGCAAUUUAGUUUCAACUAUCGUUGAUUCAUGAGCGUUUUUUACUGCUUUCGCUUUUAAAUCACGCUCUCCCGCAAAAUGUGUAAGCUUGAGUUGACGUGAAUCGUUGGACUAGACCCCAAGUUGGUUACGAGUGAUGCCCUUCGACGGAGUCUAAGCACCAGAGUCUGCGGUGUCCACUGCGGUGAAAGUUUUCUAACUGGCCAAGCGAAGAGUGGUCAAGUUGUUGCAGAGCAUCGCGAUGUCUGUCAGCGAGAUCUGAGCGCUCAUGGGAUGCCUGGAUGCAUUCUACUUUCUCUGCUUUUCUGUCGGCCUGAGCUGCGUUUCUGGAGGAGUCGCAAGUAACGACACCCCUAGGACUUUGCCGUCUAAGGAGGAGGAAAGAUUGAUAUGGAACGACGAGAAAAGACUUCUCGAGACCCUGAUGAGAGGAUAUGACAAUAGCGUCCGACCUGUCAAGAACUCUUCGGACCCAGUGAUCAUCCGACUCGGCAUCACGCUCACCCAGAUCUUCGACCUCGACGAAAAAAAUCAAGUGCUGACAACUAAUGUCUGGCUGGAUCAAGAAUGGUCUGAUGAGUACCUGGUGUGGGACCCAGUCGAAUUCGGCAACCUCACCAAGCUCAGGAUCCCCUGCGACAAGAUCUGGCUACCUGACAUCGUUCUCUACAACAAUGCGGAUGACUACACGCGGGGCUACUACCAGAGCCGGGCCAUGCUAGACCCAACGGGCAACGUCUUUUGGCCGCCCCCUACCAAGUUCCGGAGCACCUGUCCCGUCGAUGUCACCUACUUCCCUUUCGACGAUCAAUCCUGCGUCAUGAAGCUAGGUUCCUGGAUCUACGACGGACUGCAGGUCGACGUCCAGAACCGCACAAAAGCGGUAGACCUGACUAACUAUGUGCCAAACGGAGAGUGGGAGCUGCUGGAAGCCCGCCUGGUACGCAACGUGGUCUUCUACCCGUGCUGUCCCGAACCGUUUCCCGACGUGACGGUGACGUUGGUGAUUCGUCGCAAGACCCUCUACUACAUGUACAACGUAGUGAUGCCCUGCAUGAUGAUGUCUGUGCUCACCCUGCUGGUGUUCUGUUUGCCCCCUGACUCCGGCGAGAAAAUUGCCUUGGGCGUCACGGUGCUGCUUGCUUUCUCCGUCUUCAUGUUGGCUAUAGCAGAGAAGAUGCCCGAGACUUCAGAGUCCAUCCCAUUGCUUGGUAUUUAUUUAACUGCUGUUAUGGCCAUCACUUCAAUCUCAGUGGUGAUGACGGUGAUCGUGCUCAACUUCCACUACCGCGGCCCGAGCCGUAAAGAGGUACCGCAUUGGCUCAGGAGACUGGUCCUCCACGGCAUGGCGCGGACGUGUUGCUCCAGGAACGCCCAGUCCAGCAGCAACGCUGUUCCCACAACUACCUACACCACUGAGAGCGACCACCACCACCACCCGCUGGAGUCCCUUCACCUAACUAUAGGCGACGACAAAAUGGAACUGGCUGAAUUUUCCAGCAACGAUUCCAUCGGGAACAGCAACGAGAUGGGACGAAACUCUGGUGUACCACGCCGAAGACACUGCAAGAAACGUACGCCUUCCAAUAGAAAGAUUCAAGACGAGGUUCUACGAACUCUUCAGUAUCUACUGGAGAAGCAGGAACGCGAAGAUCAUGUGUUGCGGACAGUGAAUGAAUGGCGCCAGAUGGCGUUGAUUAUAGACCGGUUCCUCUUCUGGGUUUUCCUAGUGGUGACCGUAGCGUCUUCAUUAUCGUUUCUGGUGAUUAUACCGGUACAGAGGAGAGGACUCCAACUUUGAUUAUUUCCAGAGUUCUUCUUUCAAAGCAAUAUGUCGGUGUGACAGAGAAUGAUUUCUUUAAAAGAAGAGGGCGGACGGUGUCGACUUUAUGGAAGGGACGUACGAAUGGAACGACGUGAUUGAAGUGCCGUGUUGAGAGGAUGUCGUGGGUGUUUCUUUCACAGUACCUACACGUGUAAUGACGGAUAAGAUGACUUCACCGCGACAAGUCCACGACUUUACAGCUCGUUCAGCUUAUGCAAUAGACAUAUACAGAAAGCACCUUAGGUACACAUUAUGUAGAGUAUGGAAGCAGGGUAGCUGAGCCCAUAGUAUUUGCCUUUCAUCGAGCUAGUCGUUGCUUUGCUGUAUAAAGUUACAUGAUUAAGAGGAACAUAUUUAUAGUUUGACACGUUGAAUCAUUGCAUUUGAUGGGACCGAAACGUUAAGAUGCUGACCACUACAGUAAGAAAUAACAUCUUGAAUAGAUCGACUGAGUAGUUGUGUGGUUCGCAAAGAUCUCACUAUACAUAUAAACACAAAGAAAACUUCAUUGAGCAUAGUCUUUGCACAAAGUACUCUAGGGAUCGAGCAAAUCAUUACACUAUCAUUAGUAACGUUCAUUUUCCCAUGCUAGCAUCAUAGCAGAAGCAGACAAUAUUCGUCGCAGUUUUCACGUUUCAUUAGAAAGAAUAUUUGAGAAUAUUUGAAGAAAGUCUUCCUUGAACGUUGGAUAUAGACGGUCGAACUCGAACUUCGACAGUGAUUAUUUAAUGGGUCCCAUGAUCAUCUAAGCCACCCAAAGGCCCAUUCUGAUCUUCGGUGUACUCCCCGACAGAGCACCCACCCGUGCAUGAACUGUUCGCGAGUUCAGCAUUCUGAGUUCGAAAUGGAUUCGAACCAAAUCACUUUUCAGGCCGGAAUGCGGACGAGGGUCUGAAAAAUGGUUUGGCUCGGGUUUCUUAUUACAUUCCUUCCUGUGUUGUCGAUCUUCCUUAAAAGUAGAGGCGGUGUCGCCUAUAGAUGUCUAUGUACCUAACGCGUAUAUGUCGAAUAUAGUAGAAAUCGUGCCUCUCCUCGUAUCCUGCGAAGCUUUGUUGGUUUCAGUAAGGAGCAAAAGUUUUGAUUUUUAUGUAUUGUGCGUGUACUCUGUUGAAGUUUGUAUCUGCAGAUAGAAGGACGAAUUUUUCGAUCAAUUCUCGAAGUGUGUUCUUUGUAAUAUGUUGAUUAUCAGCGGUAAUACGGCAACACUCGUACGAAGGUUGUCCGCUGUUGUUACGUCACGAAGGAACUGAACUCAUCCCUGCUCAGUUUUAUAUGUACAGCAAAGUGUCGACGUAUAUUCAUAAGGCCUCUGUACGCAUCUGUUGUACGGGCACACAUCUGGGCUGGAUUCCACUUCGCUGCAGUGUACAGGGUUACUGAGUAUACCGUGUACCGUGUUUCUUACGCUCGGCAACAAAUAACGCAGACGCCGAAAUUUUUGCCAAUGAUGUAUGGAAUGAUAAAAAAUAGUAUAGAAUAUUUGUUAGCUUUCAGAUUUGUUUCAGUCAAUUACGAAAAAUAAACAUAAAAACCGCUUGUUCCUACGCAUUGUCAUUACCCUAUUCCACCAUUUUCUUGACCUGUCGGGGGAACGGUCGGGCCUUGCAAUUGAGUCUGGAAGAGAUAUUUAGUAAAUGUGGUAAGGCAACAAAAGUGCAUAUUAUGCUCCGAAACUGUUAAAAAGCAGCAAAGUACCAAAAUUUACGCUGCUAUGAAACUACGCAUACCCCCAACACACCAAGGUUAUGCCAUUGAGAAUGUUAAGAGGGCAUUAGCUUUUUUUUUCCCUCGUAAUUUAUCGACAAAGAACUAGACCAACUGGCAAGUUUUACAAAAAACACUGCGUGCAUAUCGCGUCCUCCAAUGCAUAUUUUAGCUCCCAAAUAGACUUCUUUGUAAUUUUGUUUCUAUAUUACAAAGCUCGUACUUUUCUUCGUCCUGGGCAGACAUGUAGGAGAUACUAGAAAAAGUAUUUAAAAUGCGUUACUAAAUACUAAGCGCAAAAUGUAUUUAAGAUACAGCAAAGACGGUUAGAAAUGAAAGUAUUUAGAGUAGAGUAGUAAAUUCUACGAGUAUACUAUGAGUAAGUACUAUGAGUAAGUAUUUAAGAUACUUAUAAGAUACUCAAAAAAUAAACAGCCACAAAAGUGUCAAAAUAUGCCUGCAUAUUAGACAUAUGCUUUAUUUGCACGCAGUAGUAGCUGCAUUUCAAAAUGCUCAUCCUACAACCGUCCUCUCUUCCUUUGAAAAACGUUUCCUGAGAGCCCAGUUUAAGGUCAAAACACACGCGGUGUUUCAAGCCAAAUGAUCACAGCGUGGACUUUGAAACGGCCUGGAAAGGUCAACUGUGGUCAGUUGCGGCAAAACAAAAAAGAAUUCCCAUCUGAAUAUUCGACAAAAACGAAAGAGUAAUUAGAGUACUGAGUACUAAAUACUAAAAAAAAAAUUUAAUUACAGUACAAUUACUUUUCACGAGGCGUACUCAGUAAGAUAGUAAGAUACUAACAAAAGUAUUUAAGAUAUACGGUACUCAAGAUACCCCCAAGUCUGGUCCUGGGUAACGCGGUAAAUUGGCAGAUCUUGAGGAACCCUGUACACAAAUGCGAGGAGACUGUCAACGCCAAUGAUUGCAGGGGAGCAGCCAGCACUGGACCGUGUCUGUGAAAAGUCGUCUAAUCGCCCCCUGCGAUGAAACUCCCCUUUCAUAACCCCAAAAUAAAGUUGUUCUAUACUUUCAUCUCUUUCCCCUUGUAAGAAGCCCGUGCUAUGAUAGUUUGGGUAGAUCGUAGAUCAGAUUCCGGAUUGAGAUGGUCCUCGUUACCAUUUGCUAUCAUUCGCUUUUAUGAAUUUUCCCCGCUCCACUUAACUAAUCUAACCUCAACGCGGCGUGUUUCAUAGGUUCGCCGAUUAUAUCGUGUGAAGCAAUAGGGGCUAUAAAUUCGAAAUGGAAAUGUGGGACAAAAAAUUGCUAAUAAUACUUAAUAAUUCUUACGGAUUUGAAAUUUGGUCUCCGUACAGAUAGGUCCCUUCGGAAACCACGCACUUAGCACAGCGCUGUUUCCACUGUCCGAAUCAUUUUUGGAAGUCUUCUUUGGAAACAGCCACAUUACACAUUUGCUUGAAAAUUCUGGACAUCCGAAAAUAUUUCCCUUUCAACCGCAUCGCGAUUUUCUGAAAUUCUGCGAUGAUGAUUUGCUCCCUCCUGUUGCUUUUCCGUCUUCUUCUUCUUCUUCUUUUCGAGAAAUGCUGUAGAAAGAAAAGAAAAAAGUUUCAUCAUGAUCGGGAUAUUCACAGGAGUGGAAGAAACAGGCUUUUGCUGCUUCCAAAUAAGAUUUUUUUUUAAUUAUUCGGACAGUGGCACAUCGAUGGUUACUAAGUUUCAAAAUUGUAAGUAUUUUACUCGUUAAAUAUCAAUACAUUCGGGAUGCCUUCUGAUCAGUCCUUGUACGUGAUUGAAACGGUUGCGUAGAUAUCCUCCAGUGAAUAUAGGAGUCACAACAACCCCACUGACCGUAAUGAUCCCGAAAGUCAUGCGGUGGCCCGCGCGUAUUAUUCAUUUCCAGUGCCGUGUAUUAAUACACGGUAAUACAAUGUAUUAAUACACGGCACUGAUUCAUUCAUCGUGGUGUCACUGAGAAUAUGAGUUGGGAACUGCAGUAAAGACUCGGAUUCAUCUCACGUACCCGUUUCGUAAGCCUAUUCUUCAGCGGUAGCUCGUUGUAGCCGUCCAGAAGAGUAAACAGCGCUGAUAUUUCCAUAUUAAGUUGCCGCAUAUUUGGAGCAUUGCCUGAGCUCUCGUGUCGUGUCUUGUAUGUUUAGGCUUAGCGUUGUUCCAUCAUCUGGAAACUCCUUCCGCAAGACUGCGAGCGGGACGUUGUUCUCUAUGGCACGGUUCGUGGGAACCCAGAACAAUGUGUGUUAAAGAUCAGACUGCCCGCGCUUCUGCUAUGCAAAGUACGUGUUUGAACAAACUUGUUUGUAAACAAAUGACGUCAUAGUGUUCGACAGCGCCAACAAUUGACCUCUCCCUGUUUACAGACAGAUGACGUCAGUUGGUACAACAGCGCCACCAACUUGGUAGAGUGUAACUACUAGAUGAAAAAAUCAAUAAGUCACAAGAAAACCACGUUUAAAUGUGGCUCCUGAUAUUAUAAGAUUUUUAUGUAAUUCCUUUCAUGUUAUUAGUUGUAUGGCCUUGUUCUGCUGAAUUCUACCGGUUGCCCUUUUCGGUAUCUAUCGGGUAUCUUUUCGGUAGCCCUUUCUAAAGACGGCUACCGGCAUGGCUACCGGGCUCCUCCAUCUUCUGGAGCCAGAAGGGCACGAGUGUCUCCCGGAGUGCACGUGGUGUCUCCAUACAAAGCAAGUGCGAACUAAGUCGUAAUAACAAACCACAUUGCGUCCAGGGUUACGACAUUGACUUUCAGAUGAUGCAACUCUUGGGAUGAAGCCUUCUUUCCGCGCUGAACUGGGAACCCCAAUGAAGACAAGAAGGUGACUAAAAACGUGACCUCAUUUGUUUGUACCUCUAAUGCAAAGAAACCACCCGUGACCUUCGUGAAGGAGUACGGCUUUGUGAAACGGCGGCGUUCUCCACCCACGCGCUUUCGGUUUCGAUGUCUACCAAUGUCAUCAUUACGUCACGGUGACGUUUCUUCGGUAGAGGUUUAUUUGGUAGAGUUGAACGACGCUCGAAG